AUGUUGCAAAAACCACCCUUCCUCUUUAUCUCCGACGACAAUGAUCACAAUAGUCUCCGGUACACGAGCUUGAAAGAUGUGAUCUCGAGUUCCGAUGGCUUUGGUUCGUUGUUUUGUCAGCACCAACAAUGCUUUCCUUCACAAGAAGGGUUUCUCUUGUCCGAGAUGGAUUCUUCUAACAUCGCCAUUAGAAACGAGCUCGUGAAAAGAGCAGCUUCGAUGUAUCUUCAAUCUUCCAUGAUUGUCUCAGCUCCUGACACGAACUGGUUUCAGAGAUUCUGUUUGAAGGCUAAGCAUCAGGCGGUUGCUGCGGUUGAUUGUCUCAGACCGGUUUACCGGAUUUUCGCCCGGUCUAGUUAA